AUGGCCGAUGGCAACGGCAACUCUGGUUCUUUCGAAAUGCCCGCUGAGGAUAUUUCGAGAGAUGCUCCCGGCUCUCCCGGCGUAUUCACUGUUCGAAACCAACGCCAACAUGCGAGGUCCGCGAUGAGCUUCCCUGCUCAUGGAAAACUGCCGACUCGCGCCCACACGACGGCCGCGUUGACGUCGACCUCGACUCCAAACUCGGCCGCACCUUCUCGCGCAUCCUCCACGCCCCACCGGCCUCCCUCGCAGAACCGCUUCCCAUCUACACCGAGCGCGAGCAGCGCCACGGCCACCGCGCGCGCCUUGCCAUCACACACGACGUCUUCGCACACUCCGUCCGCGACUCCACCCUCGAGUUCGUUCCACCCCAUCGGCGGCGGCCCCGCCGAGCCGAUGGCCUACAUGGUCAAGAAACCCUGCUUUGGUUCUUAA